UCCGGAGCUCCUGGCAGGGAUGGAGAUGUCAGGACGUCCGCGGCGGCGGGACUCCGACAUGAGAGCCGCGUCAGGUGCCGAGAAGCGGCGAUGCCCGGAGCGGGCGACCGCGUGCCGACGGUGAAGGGAGCCGCCGGCCUGUGGAGCGGCUCGGAGCGGCCAUGAGGGCCGCCUGGAUUCUCACCGCGAGCGCGCUCGUGUGCGCGCGGGCAGCCGCGCGACCUCCGCCCGCCCUGGACCCCGAGGACUUUCUGGAGAAAUAUGGCUACCUCCAUCAGGAUCACCACAUCCACAAUGCGGUUGAAGUGCAGGCGGCCAUACGUGAAUUCCAGUGGCUGUCCCGUUUGCCCGUCACCGGCGAGCUGGACAGCCCCACCCUGCGCCAGAUGGCGGAGCCUCGCUGUGGGGUGUCGGACGAGGGCAGCCAGCAGACCUGGGCUCAGAGAGUUCAUGUCAUCUUCACUGGGAAAAGUCGGCUGGCGAACCGCAGCAGGCGAUCGGCUGCUCCAGCUGAGAAGUGGUACAAGCGCCACCUGACCUACCAGAUCGUGAACUGGCCCCAGCACCUGUCCCCGGGCUCGGUGCGGCUGGCGGUGCGCGCCGCCUUCCAGCUGUGGAGCAACGUGUCGGGCCUGGUGUUCCAGGAGGCCCCCGAGGGGCCCGCGGACAUCCGGCUGGCCUUUUACGAGGGGGAUCACAACGACGGCUCCAGCAACGCCUUCGAUGGACCAGGAGGAACUCUGGCUCACGCCUUCCUGCCUCGCCGCGGCGAAGCCCACUUCGACAUGGCGGAGAGGUGGACCCUGAACGGACACAAGGGCCACAACCUGUUCAUGGUGACGGCCCACGAGGUGGGACACACGCUGGGCCUGGAGCACUCGCCCGUGCGCCACGCCCUCAUGUCGCCGUACUACCGGAAGCUGGGCCGCAGCCUGGUGCUGAGCUGGGACGACAUCAUGGCGGUGCAGCAGCUGUACGGUAAGCCGUUAGGCGACCGUCCCGUCAGGUUGCCAGGUCAGGUUUUACACGCCGCGCUGCAGGAGUGGGAGUUCACAGAGCUUCAGAGCAGGGAGGAGAUCCCGGGCCAGCCUGUCUACUGCCGCGGCGUCUUUGAUGCCAUCACUAUAGACCAGAACGACACGGUGCUGGUGUUUCGGGGCGGUGCGUACUGGACGGUGUCGGCCGGCGGCGGUGCCGUCGGCCCGCUGCCUCUCCGUCAGCGCUGGCCUGACCUCCCCCCGGCCAUCGAGGCUGCCGCUUUCUCACCGCUCGACUCCAAGUGGUAUUUUUUCAAAGGGAAGCGGGUGUGGCGCUACACGGGCGACUCGCUGGACCCCGGCUUCCCCAGGAAGAGCAGCGAGAUGGGGCUGCCGCACCAUCCCGACACCGCCUUCUACUACAGCCCGCUGGGUCACAUGGUCGUCUUCAAGGGCUCCCGCUACUCCGUCCUGGACCUCAAGACCCUGCGCCAGGUCCCCUACUACCCCCGCAGGCUGACGGACUGGACGGGCGUGCCGCAGGGCACCAACGGCGCGCUGACUCGUCCGGACGGCCGUCUUUACCUGUUCAGAGAGCAGCGGUUCUGGAGGUUCGAUCCGGUGAAGGUUCGGGUCACCAGAGAGGGCCAGUGGGCCGGAGACCUGAGCUGGACGGGCUGCAGCAGCAGCAUUCGUCACAGCAACACAAUCCUCUGACCAGCAGGAGGAGCUAGAAGACUGCAAAGUGCAACGGGUCGAUGCAUACGGAGUGGAUUGUUUUCAGGGUUCAGCACAGCUUGUUUAUGUGAAGCUGAUGUGUUGAAAACAUCUGCAGGAGGACUGAUGUUCCAGAGACAAACAAAAAAGGUGCUAAACAUUCCCAGAAUAAACCCACAGUGAGCUGAUGUGUUUUAAAAGGAGCCUGAGUUCGAUGCACUAUGUAUGAAAUGACAGCGCUGUGUGUGAACGUGCAUUACUGAAUCGGAAAGAAACACAGGCGUUUGCAAUGUGUUAACAACGGAGCUCUUUUAUGAUUUUAUUCAUCCUUCCUUCAAUACAUUGAUCAUUUCACACACUGGAGGUCGUGUUUGAAGCUCCCUGACUGAACUCACUCCAGUAAAUCCCAUUUACAGUAAACAGUUAAACACGCUGCCUUCUCUGAGCUGCCUCGGUCGACCACAGAGCCAACAAAAAGAAAACUAAAAAAAAAAAAAAAA